CUCCGUAUGGGCAACGACAGACCAUUCCCAAAAACGAUCGAGGACCGCGAGUCGUACGUCGUUAUGUUCGAUGGGCCGAACGACCCUUGGCAUCCAAUGGGCUGGUCCUUCAGCAAGAAGUGCUGCGUCGCGACCAUAGUGUGCUACUGCACCCUGGUAGCCACCUUCGACAGCGCCGUGUUCUCCCCAGCCGCAGCACAAGCAAGUCAGGAUCUCUCCGUCGGGAAAGAAGUCGGGGCUCUGGCCACAAGCCUCUACGUCCUCGGAUUUGCCUUCGGGCCUUUGAUCUGGGGCCCGGGAUGCGAGCUCAUGGGACGCCGAAUGCCGCUUAUCGUGGGCUCAUUCGGAUGCGCGGUGUUUACGCUGGCGAGCGCUGUCGCCAAAGACAUCCAGACAGUGAUCAUAUGCCGAUUCUUCGCAGGCGUAUUUGGCUCCAGCCCCCUCUGUGUUGUUCCGGGAAUCUUGGCGGAUCUAUUCGACGACUACCAGCGGGGCCCUUCGAUUGCAAUAUAUGCACUCACUGUCUUUGCAGGACCUUUGGCGGCGUCUUCCAUCGGGGGUUUCAUUGUGGACAGCUAUCUCCGGUGGCGAUGGACACUGUACCUGCCCGCCAUCAUGGGCUUUUUUGCAGUAUUUCUGCUUCUGCUCUUCUUGGAAGAAACGCAUGCAGGCACCGUCUUAAUAGCGAAAGCCGCCCACAUCCGUCAAGAGACUGGUAACUGGAGUAUCCAUGCCGAACAUGCGAGAGUCGAGGUGGAUACGCACGCCCUGCUUCGAAAAUAUUUGCUCCGCCCGCUGCGUAUGUUGGUCACAGAGCCUAUCGUGCUGCUCAUAUCGAUAUAUAUGUCCUUCAUCUACGGAUUGACAUAUUGUCUGGUAGGCGCAUAUCCAUAUGUGUUUCAACAUACAUACGGUAUGAACAAGGGGACAGCUGCCUUACCACUCAUUGCUGUAAUCCUCGGCCUUUGCUUGGCGGUCUGCUUCAUCAUUUGGCAACAACUCCAGAGCCAGAAAACAUCGCAAUCAGGGAAGGGCACCUCCGAACCAGAAGUUCGUCUCCUUCCCGUGAUUGUUGGGGCUAUUGUAUUUCCCAUUGGAUUGUUCUGGUUUUCCUGGACAGCUUUUACGCCAUCAGUACAUUGGAUGUUACCCACAGCAUCAGGAGUCUUGACUGGAUUCGGCCUCCUUUGCAUCUUCAUGCCCUGCUUCAACUACUUAAUAGAAGCGUAUCUGCCAUUAGCAGCGUCCACAGUGGCUGCAAAUGUCAUGCUUCGUUCUGGGAUCGCUGGCGGCUUCCCAUUGUUCUCUGUUCAUAUGUUCGCGAACUUAGGCAUACAAUGGGCAGGAACGCUGUUAGGAUGCCUUGCUGUCGCGAUGAUUCCGAUCGCUCUGGGCUUCCGGGCUUACGGUGCUAAAUUUCGACGGAGAAGUAAGCUUUUAUCAGGAAGCAAGGCCAUUGUGUAAUAUGAGAUCGACGUGACAGCGAUUUGGGGUACAGAAACAUCCGAUGAUCAGUCGACUGGUUGUAUGCAUUAGGCUGCCUGGAAUGUCACUCGGAGUUCCUCCGCGUCGAUGUGCGCAAUCAUGAUUGGGUCAACAGACGCCUCGCGUGGAG